AUGGCGUCCGGAGAGAAGAACAAGAGCUCUGGGAUGACCUUCUUCAAGGAGCUUCGUCGUCGUUCGAGGGCUAGUUUUCAAACGAAGCCGGUCGUGAAGGUGACGACAGCAACAUCAACGACGCCCUGCCCGUCUCUUCCGUCCAGCAGCGCCGGCGAGUCCAGCGUCAAUGGCAACGCAAGCCUCGAUAAUGGACAUAGGAAUGGACAGACGAACGGGAAUGGCAUGUCCAAGGCCUCCACCACCGAUUCCUCAGUCCACAGCCCCGGCAACACGCCUCCUCCCUCGAUCAAGCCGACUCUCUCGUCCGGCCAUCUGCCUUACCUGUCCAAGUCGGAGGGAUGGCUGCCCCAGCCGCCCCAGAGGACGGUGCCCAUCACCUCCCAGUCAUGCAGGAACAGCAUGGUGGGCAUCAAUCCAACGGCGUCAAACUCGACCAAGAACUUCACUCCCACCUCGCUUUUUGCUCCCAGAGUGCUCUCCAUCUCAGACAAUUCCUGGGUGAACCAAAAACUCCUACUACUGUACGGAAACAUUGGCGAUCGGGAACCCCUUAAAUCUCCGGUCGACGGCAGUAUCACCAUCUACCACCUCCAGGACUCCUUUCCUUCUGUAUCAUGGCCGGUUCGUGCGUCCUGCUUCAAGGCUCUGGUCCACCUCGUUCCUGGGCCGAAUCGCAUCCGCCUCGAGUUCGCCUCACCCAAAGCGGCUCCCUCAGCCACUCCGCAUACCUCCUGGAUAAACAUCAAUUACCUUCCCCUAGCAAACUCGCCGCCCCUACAGCUCGCCAUCCUUCUCGGCAGUGACUCGGAUGCACAGUACGACUCAGCUCCCAACAAGGGUGCCAACGACCUCGAAAAUGCCGUCCGCAAGUUCAGGAUGGCCGCUUACCUCUGGCAGGCCUUUACCGGCGAGCAGAUGUUCAGGAACAACUUUGGACGGAGGUGCUUCCAUUUCGAGGAGGAGUGGCAGACCGGCAGCCUGAGCGGUCGAGAUGCGGACAACGGUAUCAUGCGGAGCGAAGCCAAGGUUCAUAUCAUCCGCUGUGACAAAGACGGUCGAAGAGCUGCGGGCCUCAGUGCUGCCACGACUGAGGACCGAGGGCGGUCUCCUCAAAGGUCGCCAUGGACUCUGUACGCAAGUACUUUGGCCUACGGCCCGUCUGCCGACCUCAAGCUCGCCCUCUUUGGCUCCCACGGCCUGCACAGCUACCCUUCAUGUCUUCAGGAUAUCGUAUCAGCCUUCACGGACUGUGCCCGUACGGACACGGCUUAUGUUGCCAACCACAACAACGAGUGUGGAAGCAAUUGGGAAACCGCCAGUUCAUCGCUCGGCCGACAUCUGCACGAAGUCGGCCAUCUGUUUGGCUGCCAUGACGCUGAAUCGGGCAUCAUGGGCCCAGACUACCUUCGUUUCAACCGUACCUUCAUGACCUGGGAGCCCUACUCGACUCGCACCAAGGAGCGAGGCGCGCGUCUGCUGCUCCCGCCAGACGAGUGUGGUUGGCACCGUCUGGACGUCCUCAGGUUCCGCUUCCAUCCAUGCUUCAAGCUACCCAGCGAUCCGCUCUCGCCUCCCACAGAUACCAUCCAGCUCUGGCCAGUUGACGGUGGGAAGACGCUUGUCACCUCAGGUGCAGGCAUCGCCUUUAUCGAGAUCUUCACCUCUGCCGACAGUGACAUCCCAGCUUCCUUUAUUGAAUAUGUCGACGCCGAAGCUGGUAACAGCAACAUCCCCAGGCAGAUAUGCUUCACCGAGGCGGAGAUCCGUGCCCAGCUGCCUGACCAUUGUCGAAAGUCCAAACUGAUCCGUCUACGCAUCUACUCUGGCUGUCUCUCUACGUUUACUGUCGCUGACUUGGCUACUCUCAAGAACAAGGACAAGGAGUGGACUGUCAAAGUGCCUACCGUCACUGGACAUGGCCAGUUAAGCUACCGGGGAUAUAUGGAGAGUUCGCAGGGGGAGAGACAUGAGGUGGUUUUCGAGGCAAAUAAACUACUUACCUCCAUCAAGGUGUUUGCUGGUGAGAAGCCGGGGUUGGACGUUGGGGCGCAGGCUAGGGGAACGAUUGCAGGCAUCGAGUUCCGUUACGAAGAUGGGACCAGUCAGCUAUUCGGAGACAAGGGUCAGGGGUUGAUUGAUGGCGAGUACACACUCGACUCACGACGGGGUGAAAUUGUUAUGGGCUUCCAUCUGCGCGCCGACGGGGACGGAGUACACGGCAUUGGAAUCCUUACUAGUUUCGGUAGACGGUCCGGCGUUUAUGGGUGCUCAAAGGCCGGCCAGGGCGGUACAUUGCUUCCCCCCAGAGGAUACAGGAUCACAGGCGUUACAGGAACGGUAGGAACUGGCAUAGAAGCCGGCAUCAUGGGAUUUUCUCUUAUCAUCGCUCGAUAG